CUUUGUUUGAAACAACGAAUUUGAGUUGAAUUGGUGUGAAUAUUAUUUGAAAUUAAAUUGAAUUCUUGCAUUGAAUUUGAAUUUUUUUUUUUUAAGUUGAAGUUUUUUUCGUUUUUGGACAAGCCUCAAGAUGAGUAGUCCGUAUAUAUUGCCGGAAGCCGAACAUUUGCUGGCUGACGAGGUGGAUUUUGAUUUGAGGCUCCGAAAACAGGUAGUCGACCGUAGGGAAACUUUGGAGGAUCGGCAAAGGUUUUUGCGCCGGUUGAUGAAAGAAGAGAGGAAUACGAGAGUUAGGUGUAAGGGAAAACAUCUCUUUAAGGAUGAAAUCAAAACCAUUAAAGAGAUGGUGAAGUCAAUAUCUUCCGACUUGAGUAAAAAGUUUGACCAUGGAUUGAUUUCAAGACUUCGUCAUUACCUAAUUCGUGCAAAUAGUGCAAUCGUUGAGACUGAGGAAGAGGCGGUUAAACAGAUUGAAGUUUGUAGGAAGAUAGAGGAAAUUUUGAGAUCGUUUGAGCAGAAGAUUUUCAUGGAAUCGGAGGAAGGAAUCAAAGAUCCGACCAUCCAGGAGAAGGAUCCAAAAGGAUCCAGUUCGAGUAGAAUAGACAACACUACCGAUCAAGACGAAGCUGAUAAGAAAAGGCAGGAGGAGGAUAGAGCGAUCGAGAAGCAAAAGGAGUUAGAAAAAGAAUGGAAAGAGUUUUUACUAUGGAAACAAGAGAAGCUUCAAAGGAAAACCAUAGUAAAAAGUGACAAGGAAAAGAGCGAUGAGGAACGGCCACCGGAGAGUUUUAAGAGCCGCAAAUCUCGUUCAAGGAGUAGAGAGUCUAGGAGCAGUAGUGGCAGCCGGUCGCCGGAGUGCAGUAAGAACCGAAAACCACUUAAAGAAUUUGAAAAGGUAGGAAGUAGGAGCAAGAGUGACAGACGACCGCCGGAGAGCAACAAGAGUCGGAAAUCACUAAGAAGCGUCAGUAGAGAAAGAGAGGACAGUUGCGACAGAAAGAGAAUAAGCAAAGAGAAGGAUAGGCGUCGUAAUCGGUACAGUUCAGAGAGCAGCGCGGAAAGACCUAGAAAAGGAAAGUCAAGAGAAAGGACAAGGAAGUAUGCUCAAAGUGAUUCAGAAGAAGAUAGGGAUGCGAGCAGGUCUAGAAAAGCAGGCAGGUCGGAGGUUAGUAGAAGGGAUCGUCAUAGGAAAAACCGUGGGCGAUCGCAAUCGUCUAGUGAAUCGGAGUAUAGCCAGAAGCAGUAUAGGAAGUCGAGAGUAGAAAAUUGGGAUUUAAAUUUCUCAGGCGACAGUAGGUCAAUCCAGGUUGAGGAUUUCCUUAACAGGAUUCAGAAGUUAGCGCGACAUGAAGGAGUAUCGAGGAAGGAACUGUUAAUGAAUAUUCACCGCAGGUUGAAAGGAGAAGCUUAUGACUGGUGGUUUACGAGGGAAGAACACCUCACCAGUUGGAAAAGAUUUGAGAGUGAAAUCCGUUUUAGAUAUGGCAAUCCAAAUAGGGAUCGAGGAAUUAGAGCUCAGAUUAGAGAAUUUAAACAACGGAAGGGUGAGACCUUCAUUGCUUAUGUGACGGAAGUCGAAAAACUUAAUCAAUGCUUGGAAAAACCUUUUUCCUCAAGGACUUUAUUUGAGCUAAUAUGGGAGAAUAUGCGCCCGCACUAUCGCUCAAAGCUGUCAGUACUGGAUAUCGACAACCUGGAGGAUCUGAUCGAUAUCAAUCACAAAAUAGAUGCAAAUGAUGCAAGUUUCUUCAGAUCUAAUCAGGGAAAUAGGAACGAACUCCAUCACCUGGAGGUCGAAAAUGAUAAUUCUAGUGAAGAUGAUGUAACGGUGAACAUGCUGAAACCCAAUCAGCGCACCUCAAAGCCUAUGACAUCUUCUAAGCCUCAACAACAACUUUCAGAACAACAAAAGCCAAGAAUAACAACCGAUAGUUUCUGUCGUCAACCAAAUCCUAGAAGAAGCUCUACUGUAGUAUGUUGGAAUUGCAGGAAAACUGGUCACAUCUUCAGAGAAUGCAGAGGACCAAGACAAUUAUUUUGCUUCGUUUGCGGAAAAUUGGGGAAAACCGCCAGAUCUUGCGAUGGUGAUCACUCUGUGUUGAACCAACAAAAACAACAACAGAAUGCUCCAACAAACUAAUUGCGGGGUGUUUGAAGGGGAAUCCAAGCACCUCGCCUUCAAAAGGAAUUCCCGAGACUAGUAGUAGUAGAGCUGAAAACUCGGUUCUUGAAAUCAGAGUCAACCCGAGUUCGUGUCCGCAUAUUAGAGUGAACAUAUUGGGAACUGAAAUCAUUGCUUUGUUGGAUUCGGGAGCAGGUUUCAGUGUUAUGAGUGCUCUUAAUGUCGUGAAGUCUCAUGGCUUCAAGAUAUUAAAGUGUAAUGUCAAAAUUUGUACAGCCGAUGACACAGAGCACACAUGCCUAGGCUAUGUGAAUGUUCCAUACACAUUAGGUACGGAAACGAGAGUGGUCCCAACACUGAUCGUACCCGAAAUUAGAAAGCCGUUGAUUUUGGGCAUGAAUUUUUGGAAGGCGUUUCAAAUUCGGCCUAUGAUAACUUCCAAAAAUAGUAUUGAAGAGUUAGAGCUCACAUGGACUUCGGACAUUAAUGAAAAGUCCGUGAUCAACUACCUUCGAGUUGAAGAGUUGACA